AUGGCCACGUACUAUAUGUACUUCCCGUUCCUCACCUGUGAAGUCAGGUGUGGCGCUGUGGCGCUUGACAUCGCCGACCGACAGAAUGCGCACAGCAUGACGCUCGCAGUAAGGGCCGUCGUCGAGCUUUUCCGGCUCGUCAAGCGCGAGAAGGAGAUCCAUCGGAAAUCCUCGCCUUCUCCCUUCACGGCUCUAGAGGGGAAUGAGAAAUGGACGGCGCACAAAUUCACGAAGAAUGUUUAUGAUGCGUGGAUGCUAACUCACUUUAAAAGACUCUGCUUAGCUGUUGAUCAUUUGCCCCCUGAGUUAGAUUUUGGUGUCCCACCACUCCUGCAAGGCUCUGGGCUUUCGCAAGGCUUAGAAUCCCAUCAUCUCUCGCAAUCCUUAGCGGAGUCGGCCUCUUAG